AUGGGGUGGGGCUUUGAUCACAUCACCACCACCACCAUCUUCCCUGUUUGGACCCCACUGCAGACAGCCUUAAGCCCCGGUGACUUCAUCCCACGAUUGGCUGCUUCUGCGCCCACUCUGGGGAACACAGCGGAGAAGGGCGCCCAAGGAGAAGGCUUGGAUGCAGCCAUGGAAACGAAUCUGUCCAACGAUUCCUGGGAAGUGGAUUACACCGAGCCUGGCACCGGAUUCCCUGAGAUUGACCCCAAAGCAGAACCAUGCGUUCAGACCGAAGUGGACACCUUUGCUGGUUAUUUUGGCCCUGUUAUUUUCUCCCUGGUGUUUGUGGUGGGGCUGGGGGGCAACAGCUUGGUGCUGGCCAUCUUGGGCCUGAGUCGCCGUUCCUGGCGCUUUGCGGACCACUAUCUCUUCCAGUUGGCUCUGGCUGAUCUCCUCCUGGUCAUGACGCUCCCCUUCCAAGCUGUCCGGUUUACCCAGGGCUGGAGAUUUGGGAGGUUCCUCUGCAAGCUCAUCGGGGGCCUCUCGACCAUGAACAUGUACACCAGCAUCCUCCUGCUGACAUACAUCAGCACUGAGCGCUACUUGGUGAUGGUCCACGCUAUCCCGCCAAACUUCUUCUUGAAGGUUGCUCACAUCUAUCUGACUUCAGCCUUCCUCUGGGGUGUCGGCUUGGCUUUCUCCAUAGUGGACCUGCAUUUCCUGACUACCACCUACGUCUCGCAGGCUGGGAAGGUCAUCUGCCAGCUGGGCUUUGAGGUUCAGGAAGCAGACUCCUGGAGACUGGGUCUACAGCUGUUCUUCUUCCUUCUGGGCUUCUGCCUGCCUGUCCUAGCGAUGAUCUUCUGCUACGGACGGAUUUUUACCAGGCUGUGCCAUGCUGGACUCCUGAGCAAGCAUUUGCCCCUACUUCUCCUGGUGGUAAUCUGGAUCCUCUUCAUUGCCUGUUGGGGCCCUUAUCAUUGCUUUGUCCUCGUGGACACUUUUCAACGCCUGGGUCAUUUGCAGAGGGACUGCGGAUGGGAGAAGGUGUUGGAUUUUGGGCUCUUGAUUACCAGGAGUCUAGGCCUUGCCCACUGCUGCCUCAACCCCUUGGUCUACGCUUUUGGAGCAGUCAAGUUCCAAAGGGAAUUUUCCAGGCUGUUCUGUAGGAGAAACAGAGGCAGGUGCCAUCUAGGUAGCCAAGAAUGUAGUCAAGCUACUGACCAGAGCGCCAUCCACAGCAUGGAUUAUUCUGUCAUGAUGUGAGCUGCGCACGGUCAACCCCAUGUGCCAGGCAAGAUCAGUGAAGCCUCCUUCUGACAGUUUCCCACCAGACGUUGGGAAAGGGAGAUUGCAGAGCUGAAAGGAAGGAGCACCUUCCCCCAGAGAGGAAGGGUUCUAGAUUUGCAACAGCUUCAAAAAUAAUAAUUACAAAAGACCAAACCUCAUUGCAACUUGCUUCAGACUUACAAGAAUUACGCAUCGGAGCACUUGCGGCUUCAGUCAGCAGAAAAUUCUCUUUUGCCAAAAGGCUGGCCUUCAAGGGGUGGGGCAGGGGAAAUUUUAUUUGUUUUUUCCCCCUUUGUUCUGCGGCUCUCAGAAAUGGGCACAAUUUGCAGGUGAAAGCUUGCCCGUCAUUUAUUCCCAGGUGAUUGCAACUAACAGCAGGGUUUAGUAUCAGUAUUAAAUGGAUCAAGGAU